AUGAGUUGGAUUGCCGGUGUUAUCCACCUGUACAUGCAGAUUAUAACAGCUGCCGUUUCGAGUAAUAAGUCNGGUCUCACUACCUUAUUUUAUAGAAAUGUUUUUUCGGGUUUUGUUAAAGGUUUUGUUGCUAUUGUGAAAGCAACUAAAGAUAAUUUGCUCAUUCUCGAAUGGUAUAAUAUAUCAACAAAAAUAAAAUAUAUGUUAUUAAUAUAA